AUGUCCGAUACUUCUAUUUGUUACAUUCGAGAAAACUCUGAAAAUAUCCCAUAUAUCAAGUACUUCGAAUUUUUUCCAUGUGAAAGGUGGUCUCUCCAGCAUUACGUUUCUAUAAUCAUAAAUGACUAUGAGCAUGCUGAGAAGAUGAAAUCAUAUCAUGCUUUUUAUAAUACCUUACAUGCUAUUAGCAAUAAUAAUUCUAUAUCUGAAGAAAUUCGUAAUAUUGCUCAGAAUAUCUUAAAAAAUAAAAAAGCUGAAGAUAUAGUGGAAUCUCCGCCAAAGAAGAGGCAAUGCACAAUCACAAGUGCACAUUUCUUUUUUCCUGAAGUAAACGUACCUUUGCGAGCAGAUGAAUCUUUAGAUAUUCUCAAGAUGUUAAAGUUGGCCGUAUGUACUUUUGAUCAGAAUGCAAUUACACUUGGCUCGACUCGAUCUUAUAAAAGUUCGAAUUAUUUGCGAGUUGAAACUAAGUGUAAUGAAAAAGUCCCAAAAGAGAGUAUUUACGAUGCAGAAAUGUAUCGAAUUUUAAUGAAUUGGUUGGCAAAGGAUCAUGACUUUGAGAUUACGGGCCAGUGGCAUCUCAAACAGGUCUGUGAAGAUGGAGACUGGCACGAUCUUUAUUCUGAUCUGACAAUAAAGAGGAGCGCUGACCCCAACCCUGUAGCAUUACUAGAACUUAUAGCAACAGGAUCUAUUCCGAAGUUAAAGAAACAUUUCGAACAAAUUUUUAAGUAUGCCAACCAACUUUGCCCUCAGGAAGUUUGGGUUGUGCAUUUUUCUCGAGAGGAUUCUGUUGUGUUGGAUCCAUAUUGGCCUUCUGAUGAGCUACAAGGAAGAGGAUUAAAUGUUGUGCAUUUUUGGCACGAUAAAGAAUUUAAGAAUGUUCGUAUGAGUUCCCGAUUUCGAGAUGCCACUGGUAAAUUUCAGGACAUUAUAGAUGAACAAAUCCUCCCCUAA